UUAAUUUUCCCCGGUUUCAACAUAGCCAGCACAACCCUCACGCAUACUCAGGCCUUUGGGAAUUCACCAUGAACCAGCAAAGGACUCGUCCUAUCCAAAAGCUUGCCAAAGCAGUCUCACAAUGCUCUGUAGAGGCCACGUCUUAUGGUAAAUGCAUUGUUGCUGACUACAACGCUGUACACAAAGACAAGUGUGUUAAGGAGUUUAUGAGGCUUAAAGACUGUUAUUUGGCAGCAUCAAAGAAAUCAUAGCUUGCUUUUACGGGUAGCUGUCAUAAAUAUUGAACACUGUCAUAAAUGUAUUACUCAUUCAAUCUUUGCAUUGAACACUGUC